CAGAAACCCGAAAUUUGAAUUUCCCAGAAAAGAAAAGAAAUAACUUUGGUUGGGGCAGAUUCUAUCUCCAUAAAAUUCAAACAAUGGGAAAAACAAGACCCCAAAAGAAGAAAGGAUCCAAGCCUCGCGAAAAGUCCGUCCUCAGUCCUGGAGGAGCCGUAUCAAAGCAGAAAAAGGAAGAUCCAUCAGCACUCCUCGACCAGGCAACGAUCCUUCUUCAGACCGGACAGAUAGAAGAUGCGCUCCAAUUGGUUAACAAAGCGCUUGAUCUUACGACCGAUUCACCUAGCCAACUCGCAGCUUUAAAUUUGGCCGCGGAAAUCUACGUCGAAUUGGGCGAUAUCGAUACCGCAAGAGCGCAUUUCUUGCGUGCUGUUCAAUUAGAUCCCACUGGCACAAUACCCGAGUCGCAAGGAGGGGGAGCCGAGAAAUUCCUAUGGCUUGCGCAAUUAAGCGAAAAGGGAGGAUCGGACAGUGUUCAAUGGUUUGAGAAGGGUGUUUCCGCUCUGAGACAGACAAUUCAGAAUUUAGAAGGGAGUGGUCGACCAGAGGAUGUUGCGGAAACAGAGGAGAAGAAGAGGAAACUGGCGAACGCUCUAUGUGGUGUUGCUGAAAUUUACAUGACUGAUCUUUCUUGGGAAGACGAUGCCGAGAACAGAUGCGAGUCACUCGUUACAGAGGCUCUUCUUGUCUAUCCCGAUGCGCCCGAAGUUUUGCAGACUCUUGCGUCAAUACGAAUAUCACAGUUGCGACAUGACGAUGCGCGAGCAGCACUUUCUAGGAGUAUAGAUCUAUGGAAAGAUUUGCCGCCAGAAGACCCAAACGUGCCAGACUAUGCGACACGGAUCAGUCUCUCGCGCCUCUUGAUGGAGGCUACGAUGGAGCUCGAGGCUCUAGGGGUGCUCGAACGUCUAAUUCUCGAAGACGACCAGAGUGUGGAAGCAUGGUAUUUAGGAGGAUGGUGCUUAUACCUUCUAGCAGAGAAGCAACAAGCACCCAGUGAUGCAGAAGUUGAGGACACCCCUGAGACGAAACGACAUGCUUCUCUCGUUGCCAGUCGCGAAUGGCUGAAGCAAAGCUUGAAGCUCUACGAAGCUCUUCAAUAUGAGGAUGAGAGGCUCAGAGACCAUGCACUAGAGCUGGUCCAAGACAUGAACAAGGAGCUAGGCGAAGAUAUGGAAGAUGAUAGCAACGCGGAAGAUGAUGGAGGAGACGAAAACGAAUGGGAAGAGGUUGAGGAAUCAGAUGAAGACCAUGAAAUGGCGGAUUCCUGAAAAAACUUUUACGGUUGGAUUUAUUCUAUUUCAUGCACUCCAUCCUUUCCUGCAUUGCCCCUUAAUGAGCACGGGGUUUUUUUUGUCAUGAUACCAAUAUAAUAAAGAGGGCACUGCUUUCUGGUUCAGGAAACCAAUCGAGAUCUCCAGGUUUUUUC